AUGAACCCGGCGGCGGCCUCCUCCAACGUCCACUCCUGCCCGUGCACCCAAGGGUGCUGCCCCGCCGGCUGGUACCAGUACCGUGACUCCUGCUACCACCCAGUGACAGCCACCAAAGAGUGGUGGAAAGCCGAGGGCGAGCCUCGCAGGGACACCCGGCCGGCGCAGCCACACUCGGGUCCGUUAGAAAGUCCUCGGCCGGCCCGGAGAACAGAAAGUCACAGCCUGGCUCGGACGGACUGCAGGGACCUGGCAGAGGGCGCCCACCUGGCAUCCGUGCACAGCGCCGAGGAGAACGACUUCAUCUAUCAGCUCAUGGGUACUCCCCACAACUACGAGAAAAAGGAAGCCUAUUGGCUCGGGGGCCGCCGCGACUCCCAGGGCGAGGGCUCCUGGCGCUGGACGGACGGCUCGGCCUGGCACUAUCACAACUUCAGGGACAGCAAGCCGGACAGGACCACCGCGGAGGAGUUCGUGGCCACCUGGAAGUUUGAUCAAGAUGCAAUCACUUGGAAUAACUACGAAGCCUCCUGGCAGUUCAUGUCCGUCUGCAAGCGCUCGCUGGACUGA